AUGUCGAAGGUUAUACGCAGCGUGAAAAACGUGACCAAAGGGUACUCACACGCCCAGGUCAAGGUCCGAGAUGCGACAAGUAAUGACCCAUGGGGCCCGACCGGCACACAGAUGAGCGAGAUUGCUCAGAUGACAUUCAACACGUCCACUGAGUUUUACGACAUAAUGGAUAUGCUCGACAAGAGACUGAACGACAAGGGAAAGAAUUGGCGCCACGUUUUGAAGGCACUAAAGGUUCUCGACUACUGUCUGCAUGAGGGCUCUGAGCUGGUUGUCACAUGGGCUCGCCAAAGCAUCUACAUCAUCAAGACUCUGCGAGAGUUCCAGUACAUUGACGAAGAAGGCCGCGAUGUUGGCCAGAAUGUCCGUGUUGCGGCCAAGGAGCUGACCGCCCUUAUCCUCAACGAUGAGCGAUUGCGAGCCGAGCGAAGCGACCGGAAGUCUUGGAAGUCGCGCGUAAUGGGCCUCGACUCUGAUUUUGGCCCCCAGUAUGCCGAGCAGUCUCAGCGACGACAGCCACGAUCAGAACGAAGACCCAAUGAUGAAGACGAUGCCGAGUACCGCCUUGCAAUUGAAGCUAGUAAAUAUCAGGAGGAGGAGGAUAGGAAAAAGAGACAGAAUCUCGCUGGUGCUGAUAAUGACGAUGACCUUGCAAAGGCUAUUAAACUCAGUCAGGAAGAGGAGGAAAGGAGGCGCCGCGAGCUGGAAGAUGCAAAUGCCGCAUCUCUAUUUGACGAUGACACUCCUCAAACUUCGCAGCCCCAGCACACUGGAUUCAACCAGGGAUACCAACAGGGCAACGCCGUGGACUUCUGGGCCAAUCCAAUUGACCAGCAGGCGCAGCAGAUACCACAGCCAACCGGCUACCUAGGAAACGCAUAUACCGGAUUCCAGCAGCCGCAACAACCGCAGCAAACUGGCUGGCAGCAAAACUUCAACACCGGCUUUGGCGUCGAUGCGUUUGGCAACCCGCUGUCUCAGCAACAGCAACAACAACAACAGCAGCAGCAGCAACAGCAGCAGUUCCUUCAGCAGCAACAGUUUGCUCAGCAACAGCAGCUGCAGUCUUCUCAGGCCCUGGAUUUGGCGAUUCAGCCUGGAAGCAACAACCCUUGGGCGACCAACAAUCAGUUACAACAGCAGUCUCUUAGACCUACGCCAACAGGUUCCAACAAUCCCUUUGCCCAGAACCGACCGCAGUCAGCAAGACCCGCGACCUCUUCUCUCAGCCCUCUACCGGAGCAAAAGACUCUAUCCAACUUCAACCAAUCCAGCUUCAACCAACCUCAGAUUCAGCUUCAGCUUCAGCAACAGCAGCUGCAGCAGCAGCAGCAACAGAAGCCCGCUUUUACUACUCCCCAGAGAGAGCUCAGCGAACAUGAGAGGAAGUUGAACGCUCUGUUGGCCUCUGGAGACGGCCUAGAUACUUACGGAAACACGGGUGACCUGCGAAUUCCCGCGCAGCACACGGCUCCGGGAACGUUUAUCAACAGUGCUGGCGCGGGUCUCAGCCGAAUUGGCCCAGAAGCUACCGGCAACAACCCCUUCUUACGGCAGCAGUUCACUGGCAUGCCGAGCAUCACCUAUGGUGGUCAGCCGCAGCUGAAUAGCAACCCAUUCGGCGCUCAGCAGCGACCACAGCAACAGGGCCAGCCACAAGAUUUAAUCCAAUUUUAA